AUGAUCAGUUGUGGGUUUGUUCGUUUACUGCUACUGACAUUGCUGUUGGCCCAUCACAGUUUAGCCGAUAUUUCUGAACUUGUACAAUCGGGCAAUGGUUUCCUCUAUGAUGCUCCCUUAACCUCCAAUCUACCCUUAGCUCCCUUGGAUCUAACCAAUGAUGAACAGACACAUAAAGCUUUUGGUGAUUCAACAAUGAAAACAGCCCUCAAAACAAGUGUCGAAGUAGAUAUUGUACCCUCAGUGGCUACGGCAGCCUCCCUAAAAACCCACUUUACUGUACCAUUACCUAAAAAAUUAAAUAACCAUUCCUCCCCGCCACAUGGCUCUUCUUCAACGUUGAGAAGUAAAAUUCCCCUACCUGUAGCUGUUAGUAAAAAAUCAGGUUAUAAUUAUAUGGCUCCUCUUAAACCUUUUUUUAUUGCUUAAAUAAUUGGUUUUAAUUGUUGAUAUUUUAAGGUUUUUGACUUCAUUAUUUUUGUAGUAUUUUUACACUUAACGCAGAAAAGGUGUUAAUUAUUCGCGUGUCUGCUUUUUUUUCUAUGCUGCUGCGGAAAUUUUUACACCUGAGUCUUGUUAGACGCCUUUAAACGUGAUUAAUUUUAAUUUUAAGACUCGAUUUUAUAUUUUAAGUUUAUUUUUGUAUAAGAGAACUCGCAUUAGUACU